AUGGGGGCCCCCUCGGGGGGCCCCUCAGGGGCCUCCUCGGGGGCCCCCUCGGGGGCCUUCUCGGGGGGCCCCUCGCGGAGCUUGCCGGGGGCCCCCUGGGGGCCCCCCGCGAGCGCCCUUUUGGGGGCCCCCCCGGGGGCCCCCGGGGGGGGCCGCCGGGGGGCCCCCGGGGGCCCCCAGAGGGCCUCUGGGGGCGGCUCCCAGGACGGGGGGGCCCCCAAGACCCCCGUGGUGGGCCCCUGCCAGGCAGGGUACUACUGCCCCGAAGGCAGCAGCAGCAAAGGAGACACUUCGUUGAGGGCCCCCCCCGGAAGCUUUGCCCCCGAAGGAAGUCCUUGGCCGCAGUUCUGCAGGCCUGGGACUUACACUUCAGCUGCUGCUGCUGCAGAGUGUCUCCUUUGUCCCGCGGGGUUCUACUGCGAUGAAGCCGGCAUGAGUCUGACGCCGGUGAGCGGGGCGGCCGCGCCGAAGGCCUGCCGCGUGGGCAUGUACUGCCCCGAGGGCUCUGUCUUCCACAAAAACUGUCCCCCGGGGACAAUAAAUGCGUUUCCAAACGGGGAGACACUUGGAGACUGUCUCCCCUGUCCCUCGGGUUUCUUUUGCCAGUACGAGGAGACCAACGGGCCCACGGGCCGGUGCAAGGCGGGCUACCACUGCGCCACGCGGAGCACCUCCAUGGCCCCCCAGGAGAUUGACUCCUUCGGCAACGGGCCCUGCCCCGCGGGCUCCUACUGCCCGGAGGGGACGGCGUCUCCUGUCGCUUGUCCCGCGGGGACCUUUCAACCAUCGCUGAGAGCAGCAGAAAAAGCGGAUUGUCUCCCUUGUCUUGCGGGCUGGUACUGCGAAUACGAGGGCCUAACAAAGCCAACCGCUGAGUGUUCUCCAGGUUACUACUGCGAAGAAGGUCAGCAGCAGCAGCAGCAGCAGCAGCAGCAGAAGCAACAACCACAGCAGCAGCAGCAGCAACAGCAGCAGCAGCAGCAACAGCAGCAGCGAGUGGAUUUCAUUGUUCUUAAAGUUUAUUUCUCGUGCAGACUGAAGAAUAUUAUGGUUUAG